AUGCUACGAUCGAAGUCUAUCUUCCCGAUCUUGCUAGCCUUGAGCUUUCUCUUUCGUAGAGCUCAGGGAUUUCUUAGGAUUAAUAACGAACUUAUCGGCUAUGCCAAGGUUUCCCCAGGCUUGGCUCAGCAAAUCAAUAGUGAUAAUAAGCCCCGUGUAGAAGAAUCCAGAACCCUUCAGCAAGUAGGACCUGGCUUUUAUCUGCGAAGCAUAUCCAACUGGUAUGAAGAUGAUGGGAAUUGGUUUUGUGCUAUCGAAGCGAAUAAGAAUAAGAUGAAAGAAAUCGUUAAAGUCUGGAUCCCGAAAGAAUUCGAAUCGAUGACUUGGGGUAGUCAGAUCAAGAAAUACCAAUUAUGGGGCCAAGACGAAGAAGAAGGAGCCAUUUUGGAUUAUAUCCAUAGUUCAGUAAUGAUUGAUGAGCCCGAGAAAGCGCUGCGCUUCUCAUGGAUUGAAGGUGUCGCUCAAAUGACCAUUCCAACGGAUGUAGUAAAUAACGGCGAUUUGGAAUUGUGGGCCAAAUGCUUUGGGUCCAUACACGAGCUGAACAAGUACUCCGAUAGGCAUGUUGAUUGGGAAGCUAUUUGGACCAUUAGAAGUUCGGAACUGGCACAUCCAGAGAAGCGGAUCCCCGAUUUGAAGACUUGCGAAAGCGACCACGGCCCCAGUGGUAAUGCCGAUAACAGGAAGCAGGACAUCGGGUCACUGUACGAAUGCGACAGGUAG